CCCCGGGAAGUCGGCCAUUUCUAGUCUCUUUGAAGGCAAGGCGAAGGGAGAAGAUAGAAGAAGGCUGUGUCUGGUCUUGGCUGCUUCCUGGUCGCGAUGGCUCUGUUCCCUGCUUUUGCUGGGGCUGCGAAAUCCGGGGAGAAGCCAGAGGGAGAGAGCCCCCAGAGAGAACUGAACUGGCUGACUAACCCAAGUUUCAGCACAGAAGAUGCACUAAGACUGCACCAGCAUGCUUUGGAUGUAACAGAUCCUGACACCAAGAAGUCCUCUGUUCAAAGCAGCACAGCAUCCCAAAUAGAGCCACCAGGCGAGACUGAAGCUUGUGAAAGUUUUGAAAAAUCAGCUAAGAAAAGAAAGAAAAAGAAAAAACGAGAACAUAAAAAAGUGAAAAAGAGAAAAAGAAGCAGGGAUCACAGUACCAGUGAUUCAGAAUUGGACAGUGAGGAUGUGAGAAAUGACAGAAAUAAUGAAAAAGGAGGAGCAGAAUUGAAACUGGGAGACGAAUCUUCAAGUGUGAACUGUAAUUCUAUUUGGCUGGAUGAUGUUCAGGGCUUGAGAACAGAAUUAUUCAGAACAGAUAAGAAACCAGAUCCUGCAAACUGGCAAUAUAAGUCACUGUAUCGAGGGAAUAUUGCAAGGUACAAGAGGAGAAGCAACUUCUGUCUUGGCAUUGAUCUGAAGAGACAAUAUAUAAUUUGGGAGAGCUCAGCGGGAGAGAAAAAGCCCUCUCAUAAGCGGUCAGAGCGUUACUUCACAAAAGGUGGCCGGAAGCUCCUGAACAUGGAUGGCAUUCCUAUCACUGGUAAAAAUCAGGAUUCUCCACCUGGCUCAACUACUUGGAUACCCAUUUUGCAUACGGACACAGAUGAUACUCCCACUACAAGCUAUGUAAAUCCUCUUGGGAUUUAUGAUCCACUGACCACAUUAUGGCUACAAGGAAAAGGUCCACCUGAGCAUGACUCACUGAAGCAUCAGGAAACUCAAGAAAGGUCUGAGAGUGGCACUUCUCAUCUAAUGACAAAAAUGGAAGAAUAUAACAGGAAGGUUAGAGAAAAUCCUAGGGAUGUCAAAGCAUGGAUGGAUUUUGUUUCUUUUCAGGAUGAACUCAUGAAUGCUCCUAGCUGUUUUACAAUGAGUGAAGGUGAAUGGCAAAUGAAAAAAAAGUCACUCAAGCUAGUCUUAGAGAAGAAGCUUGCAAUUUUGGAGAGAGCCGUUGAAAACAAUCCAAACAGUGUUGACCUGAAACUGGCCAAGUUGAAGCUUUGCAUGGAGUUUUGGGAGCCAUCAGCUGUGAUGAAAGAAUGGCAGAAGUUAGUUUUUUUGCACCCAAAUGACCCAGUGCUGUGGCAGAAAUAUCUCUUAUUCUGCCAGAGUCAGUUCAGCACUUUCGUUGUUUCAAAGGUUCAUAGUCUGUAUGGAAAAUGCUUGAGCACUUUAUCAGCAGUGCAAGAUGGCAGUAUGGUGUCACACCCAGCACUUCCAGGCACAGAGGAAGCCAUGCUAGCUAUCUUUCUCCAGCAGUGCCAUUUUCUUAGGCAGGCAGGCCAUUCAGAGAAAGCUGUUUCUUUGUUCCAGGCUCUGAUUGAUUUUACCUUUUUUAAACCAGAUAGUGUCAAGGAUUUGCCAACAAGGGGACAGGUGGAGUUCUUUGAACCAUUUUGGGACAGUGGUGAGCCUCGUAUUGGAGAAAAGGGAGCAAAAGGUUGGAAGGCCUGGAUGCAUCAGCAAGAAAAGGGUGGCUGGGUCAUUCUCAAUCCACCUGAUGAGGAUGAGGAAGAUGUAGAGGAAGAAGAAGAAAUAAAGAAUAAAUCUCUACCCAAGUGGCAAAAUUGGCUUCAUGUUGAACGCUCUCGUGAAGCAAAGCACUGGUUGCCCUGGCGACCUGACAAAACCAAGAAACAAACAGUAGAUGAUUGUGAAGAUCCAGAGAGACAGGUCCUGUUUGAUGACCUUGGUCCAUCAUUGAUAAAAGUUUCCAGCCCAGAUCUCCAGUUUCAACUAAUUUGCUCAUUUUUGCAAUUCUUAGGAGUCCCUUGUAGCUGUAGCCUCCUUUCUUCUUUCCUCUACCUAGCAUUGGAUGAAAAAAGCAUAUUUGAUGAUGGACAGCAUAGCCAAGGACCUUUGACUUCAUUUGAUUUACCACUUUUUGGAAUCAGUUGUAUUGGUCACAUGGACCCACUAGUCCAAGGAGGAAGCCAUGUGGGCCAUCUGAAGGAAGGAGAGGAGUUUAUACAGAAUUUCUUUCAUAGGAUGUUGCCUCUGUUUUCAGGGAAGGAAAAAUCUGACUUGUCGGUUUUUUGGCUUCAGUAUGAAAUCUCUAAGGUCAUUCAAUGUUUGAAAAUCAGAAACAAAAAGAAACUAAAAUUGCAAAGCAAGAAAAGUAAAAAAUUAGCUAAGAAUCUCCUUAAAGCACCUGACAACAGAAACAACGUUUCUCUUUGGCAAAUGUAUGCCCACUUGGAGUGGCUACUUGGCAAUGUAGAAGAGGCUAGAAAGGUUUUUGAUAUGUCUCUGAGCAUGGCAGGGGCAACUGGACUCAGAAAUCUCCAGGUGUGUAAGCUUGGCCUUCUUUAUGCCGAACUAGAAACAGAGUUGCUAGGUGUUCUCGAAGGAACGCUUGAAUGCCGUGCGGUUCACAUUUUGAUGAACCUGGCAGAAAAGAGCCCUUAUGUGCCUUACAGUGGGCAGGUAUUAUCUGUUAACAUUUUGAAAGCUCGGAAGACAUACCAACACUUACUCCAAGAUUACUUAAGUGAAGGCUUCAUCUUUGAUCAAGAACAGACUAGCAGUUCCAGCCACUUGGUUGGUGUGGUUGGUUGUUACUCCCUUUUCCAGUAUUUAACUCUUGGGAUUGAUUCUGCUGUGUCAGUAUACAGAGAGGUUUAUGAAAAGCUAAAAGGCAAGAAGUUUGAUGAAGGACUCGGCAGUCAGAAUUUUAGUCUGGCGCUUGAAGCUGUCACAAGGAUGCAUGCGAGUUUGCUCAGGUACCACAUGAAAAACAGCGUCUAUCCUUUGAAUCCCCUUCGUGAAGCUCUGUUGGAGGCUUUGAAAAUGUAUCCUAGCAACCAGUCUCUCUGGAGGGCAUACAUCCAGAUCCAGAGUAAAUCUCACAACGCCAGCAAAGCACGGAGAUUUUUUGACAGUAUUACAAGGACGACGAAGUCACUGGAGCCCUGGCUGUUUGCAGUCCAAGCGGAGCAGAUGAGAAAGAAGCUUAUUGACAGUGUCCAGAGGGGAGCCAAUGGAGAUAUUUAUGCAACUAUCCCUGAAACAGGGCUAACCAAUCGAAUCAAAGCGUUGUUUGAACAUGCAGUUGAGACAGAAAAUGGGGCCCAUUGUCCACUACUUUGGAGGCUCUAUAUAGUCUUUAUGGUUUCUUUGGGUGAUAAAGAAAAAAGUAAAGGACUAUUUUAUCGAGCACUUCAAAACUGCCCUUGGACAAAAGUGCUGUAUAUGGAUGCAAUCGAGUAUUUUCCAGAUGAGCUCCAAGAGAUACUUGAUUUGAUGGCUGAAAAAGAGUUAAGAGUACGGGUACCAGUAGAAGAACUGGAGUUACUGCUUGAAGACUAAAGAAUGCACCAAAGAUGUAAAACAGCCCCUGUGGUUUAAUCUGUCCUCACUGUCUCUAGUUUGGGAUAUUCUACAUGCUUGAUGGAUGAGAAAUUUUGCAUUUCCUUAUCCCCAUCCAAGUAUAUGUAUUCUAUUCAGUACGAAAUUGCAGGUGGUGUCUGUUUUAUAUUAAUUUUCAAAGUGGACUCUUUCAGAGGUAACUGUCAAGAUGUGUAAUGUAGCCAGGAGUACAGGGGACAUAGCCAUAUACACUAGCUACAAUCAGCUGCAGCCAAAGAGCAAACAUUUUCCUCUUAGUUCAUGGGUGAAAUUCUAGAAUUGGUCAGUUUUACAGUUUGUAUCAGAUUAGGCUAAAGGAAAUUUGUACUAAUUUUUGACCGCAUACUAGAUAGAUAUGGACAGUGAAAUCUUGUAAAAGAAUUUUAAAUCAAUAUUGCACAACUAGUAGCUGUUGUAAUAUACUGUAAGUUUUCUUGUAAAUAGUGCUAAAUAUUUUUAAAAUUACUGGAAUAUGAAAUAUUUUUUUUAAAAAGUGUCAGCAUUUUUUUCUUGUUGCAACUUUAAAAUUUAAAGCUGUGAUCACUGUGAUCUUGCAUUCCAUAAUCAUAGCUAUUAAAAAAAGGAAAAGAAAAGAAAAA